AAGAGAGGUUUCUAAAAGCUUGUUUAAUUAUGUCUAUGGAAGGAGUAUUUCUAGAGAAACCAAAAUCAAACACCACUACUACUCUCCCUGAUCUAUCUCUCAACAUCAGUCUCCCUGAUACUCAUCAUCAUCUUCAUCACAAUGAACUUUCAAGAAGAUCAUCCCAAACCGACGACAACAGAUCAUCAAACUUCGAACUCUCCUUGUCUCAUCAUAAUAACCCUAGUUCGAAUCCAAGCACAAGAAUCAUCCAUUGUCCCGAUCCAAGAAACCUUAAUCUUUCUCAUCAUCAGCAUUACAACAACCCUAUUCUUAAUGGUAGAAGUCUUCACCAAAGGGUAGAUGAAUCGGAUAUUAAUAAUAUCCACCGUCCGAUUAGAGGCAUCCCGGUCUAUCACAACCGUUCAUUCCCAUUUCAUCAACAAACGUCUCAUUCGUCUUCUCUUGGAGGAGGAGACUUGGAUCAAAGCUCGAUCUUAAACUCAUCUUCCAGCUAUAACAACGCUUACCGAUCAUUACAAUCUUCCCCGAGGUUAAAAGGUAUUCCUGUGCAUCAUCAUAAUCACUAUGGAGUCGUUGGAUCUUCAGAUUCUUCUUCUCCUCAUCAUCACCAUCAUGGGAUGAUCAGAUCAAGAUUGUUGCCUAAGAUGCCGACAAAGCGGAGCAUGAGAGCUCCGAGGAUGCGUUGGACCAGUAGCCUCCACGCGCGGUUUGUUCACGCCGUUGAGCUACUAGGCGGCCAUGAACGAGCAACUCCAAAGUCGGUUCUUGAGCUCAUGGAUGUAAAGGACUUAACUCUAGCUCAUGUGAAGAGCCAUUUGCAGAUGUAUCGAACUGUUAAGACCACUAACAAGCCUGCUGCUUCAUCAGAUGGGUCAGGAGAAGAAGAAAUGGGCAUAAAUGGAAAUGAAGUGCAUCAUCAAUCAUCGACAAAUCAAAGGGAAAAAUCUGACGAUUCUUCUCAUCAAGAAAUUGACUUUCCUUCCACACAACCUCGUUGGGGCAACUCUUCACGAGAGACAUGGCGAUCAAGUAGUAAUUGCUCAAGCGACAUAGAUACAAUGGUCAGGACUUCAUCAACACCGAUGAUCUCUCACCAUCAAAGAUCCAUCCUUCUAAAUCAGGAGCAAAAGUCGAACGAUCAAGUAAAGAGGUGUGGAGAUCUUAGUUGUAACAAUCCAAGUUUGGAGUUCACAUUAGGAAGACCCGAUUGGCACAAUACAUGACUUUCUUGAUUUGAAUAUAUAUAUAUACUUGGAAUAUGCAUGUAUGCAGUUAUAUCGUUGUGACGAUAAGUUUCUCAGCGGAAAAGUUGAAGUACACGUAAAGAGAGAGCCAAAUAAGUGAAUCACUUCAAAGAAGUGAGAAAAUUUGGAGUUUCUUUUUCUCAAGUUCCAUUGAUGAUUUGACUACGAAGUGGCUUAUCUAUAUAUGAAUUUUUGUUUCGGUUUCCUGAGGAUGAUCUGGUGAGAUCAUAAGUUAUAUAUAAUUGGAAGUUUGGAUU